AGAAAUUAAAGUUUCAAGAGCGCAAAAUUUGUAAACAUCGUGAUUGAAAAUUUGAACUGAAACCGCGAAAAAUCUAAAAAUGCCGCAGGAAUUGCGUGUGGUAUGCUGUUUUCAAUGCCGAAAAUUCCAGUCGGACAUCGUGAAGAAGUCGAAAAAAUGGACCUGCAAAAUGUGCGGCGCCAAGCAAUCUCUUGUGAAGGAAUUCGCCCGCGGUUCCGGCCGGGAGUGUCGACUGUUGGUCCAGCAGUUGAGCGAAAGCUCCCAGCAGGCAGACCGGUUCGAAAGGGAUGUCGCCGAACAGGUGCUGGCCGGUAAAAUUGAAAUGCCAGAGAUUGGAAACGCGAUUCAGGACGAAUCGGGACGACUGGUGGCAAAUCACAGUCUUGGGACGAGCAGGAAGUUGGAAGAUGGUAACAGCAAAUGGGUAAGUUUCUGUUCCAAGGAUGAUGAGGAGGAAAGUGAAGAUUUAUGGCAGGAAAAGGCUCACAGUAGUUUGAGGGAAAAUAAGGCUAAAAUGGGCAAUAUGCAUUCUGUAAGGGGGGCAGAUCUUAAACCAGGAAAUUUGGUCAAACCUAUAUCAACAAGAACAAGUGAACAGCCAAAUUCCACAACGAAGUUAGUUCCCCUAGCAGAUUUCCAUCAAAUGGACAAGCAGGACAAAAAGCAAUUUAAAUGGCAAUCGAAAGUAGAAAUGAGCCAAAUUUUUUCUUCCGCCAACAAAAGCUCAAGUACCCUAACUGGUAAACCGUUGUUUAGCUUUAAGCCGAAAUCAUCCAACUUUUCGAGAAAAGAAUUGUCAGAAGAGCCUAAAGGUAAAGAAACUAUUAGUAACAUUACUCAAAAGCGACUUUCCAGCGAUAAUGAGCUCAAUAACCGAGAAGCACCAAUGAUGAAUUUUACCAAGAAGUCAAAAUGGAGCAAUUUUAAAUCGGAAGAAACAGAAAUCAGUUCAAUUGCCGCUUCCUCGAAUGAUAAUGAAACUUCACAACAAUAUCCAAGCCCCGUAUCGACCUCUAAAUGGAACAAAUUUAUCCCUCCAGCCACGCAAGAAGAUGAUGAAAUCGCUUGAUAUAAAGAUGCAUCAGCAAAUCUCACAGAAUGUGUUUAUUAUAGGCAUUUCGCGCGUGAAUAGUUUAACCAUUUAAAAUACAAAGAAGUAAAUAACCAAUACGAUAA